CUGGUCCUGCGCGCCGCCGCCGCCAUGUCCGAGUUCAGCCCCGCCGGGCCGCCUCCCGCCGCCGGGCCGCCCGGAGGGGCCCCCCCCGCCGCCGCCGCCGCCAGCGCCGCCGGGCCCGGGGCGGGGGGAGCGGGGGGAGGAGCAGCAGCAGCAGCAGCAGGAGGAGGUGGAGGCGGCGCCGGUGGUGGCGGCGGGGGGGGAGGGGGCGCCGCGGGGCCGCCGCCUGCGGGAGGAGGAGGAGGAGGCGGAGGAGGCGGAGGAGGCGGCGGGGGGGCGGCGGGCGGCGCCAUCCGCAAAGACGCCUUCGCCGACGCUGUGCAGCGGGCCCGGCAGAUAGCGGCAAAGAUUGGGGGGGACGCGGGCACGACGGUGAACAACGCCCCCCCCGACUUCGGCUUUGGGGGGCAGAAACGGCAGCUGGAGGACGGCGAUCAGCCCGAGAGCAAGAAGCUGGCGACGCAGGGGGACUCGCUCCCGAGCCAGCUGGGACCCAUCCACCCCCCACCCCGGUCGACGGUGACAGAGGAGUACCGGGUCCCCGACGGCAUGGUGGGACUGAUCAUCGGGCGUGGGGGGGAGCAGAUCAACAAGAUCCAGCAGGACUCGGGGUGCAAAGUGCAGAUUUCGCCAGACAGCGGCGGGCUGCCCGAGCGCAGCGUCUCCCUCACGGGGUCACCUGAGGCCGUGCAGAAGGCUAAGGUGCUGCUGGACGACAUCGUGUCGCGGGGCCGGGGGGGGCCGCCGGGGCAGUUCCACGACAACGCCAACGGACAGAACGGGACAGUGCAGGAGAUCAUGAUCCCGGCCGGCAAAGCGGGGCUUGUCAUCGGCAAGGGCGGCGAGACCAUCAAACAGCUCCAGGAGCGCGCAGGGGUAAAGAUGAUCCUGAUCCAGGAUGGAUCCCAAAACACCAAUGUGGACAAACCCCUGCGGAUCAUUGGGGAUCCCUACAAGGUCCAGCAAGCGUGCGAGAUGGUGCUGGACAUCCUGCGGGAGCGCGACCAGGGCGGCUUCGGCGACCGCAACGAGUACGGUUCCCGCCUCGGCGGCGGCAUUGAUGUGCCGGUGCCGCGGCAUUCGGUCGGCGUCGUUAUCGGCCGCAGCGGAGAGAUGAUUAAGAAGAUCCAGAACGACGCCGGCGUGCGAAUACAGUUUAAACAAGAUGACGGGACGGGGCCGGAGAAAAUCGCCCACAUCAUGGGCCCCCCUGAGCGCUGCGAACACGCCGCCCGCAUCAUCAACGACCUCCUGCAGAGCCUGCGGAGCGGCCCCCCCGGCCCCCCGGGACCGGGGAUGCCUCCUGGGGGGCGGGGGCGCGGGAGGGGUGCGGGCACUUGGGGACCCCCCGGGGGUGAAAUGACCUUCUCCAUCCCCACCCAUAAAUGCGGGUUGGUCAUCGGCAGAGGCGGAGAGAACGUCAAAGCCAUCAACCAGCAGACGGGCGCCUUCGUCGAGAUCUCCCGCCAACUGCCCCCCAACGGGGACCCCAACUUCAAGCUCUUCGUCAUCCGCGGCUCCCCCCAACAGAUCGACCACGCCAAGCAGCUCAUCGAGGAGAAAAUCGAGGGCCCCCUCUGCCCGGUGGGGCCGGGGCCGGGGCCGGGGGGCCCCCCAGGACCCGCGGGCCCGAUGGGGCCCUUCAACCCAGGACCCUUCAACCAGGGCCCCCCCGGCGCCCCCCCGCACCCCGGCGCCCCCCCCCCGCACCAGUACCCCCCUCAGGGUUGGGGUAACACUUACCCGCAGUGGCAGCCGCCGGCGCCGCACGACCCCAGCAAAGCGGCGGCGGCGGCGGCGGACCCCAACGCCGCCUGGGCCGCCUAUUACUCGCACUACUACCAGCAGCCGCCGGGGCCGGUGCCGGGGCAGCCCCCCGCCCCCGCUGCACCCCCAGUUCAGGGGGAGCCCCCCCAGCAGCCCCCCCCCACCGGCCAGCCCGACUACACCAAGGCCUGGGAGGAGUACUAUAAGAAAAUAGGCCAGCAGCCGCAGCAGCCGGGGGCGCCCCCCCAGCAGGAUUACACCAAGGCGUGGGAGGAAUACUACAAGAAACAAGCAGCCCAAGUGGCAACGGGGGGCGGCCCUGGAGCCCCCCCGGGCCCCCAACCCGACUACAGCGCGGCGUGGGCCGAGUACUACCGGCAACAGGCAGCGUAUUAUGGGCAAGCGCCGGGGGCUGCCGGGCCCGCGCCCCCCCCCCACGCAGCAGGGACAGCAGGCUCAGUGAAUCCGAAUGUGAACCCCCCCGUCCGACACCCCCUUUUGUUUUUGGCGAGCGGCCGGGACGAGCGGCCCCCCCUGAACCCCCAUUUGCCCCCUAACCCCCACAACCCCCCUAAAUUGGAGGGGGAGCACCCCAAAUAUCCCCCCCCCCCAAUCUCCGGCCGCUCGAGCCCCUUCCAUCGCCCCCCCCCCUCCUCGGAAUCGGCGCCGGAGCCCCCGGCCCCAGCGUGGUUCCGCCUGGUUGGUUUUGGGUUGAAAAAGCGUCUUUUUAGUGUGAAAAGGAGGCGCCUUUGGGACCGCUAG